AUUGGAGAGUGAUUGGAGGGAGAUACAGGGAGCACGACGAGAUUCAGGGAACGGAGAGCGACAUAUAAGAGAGGUGGCGAGGAGGUAGGCACAGUGAGAGGGAGAGAGAGAGAGAGGGGGGAGGAAGGAGAGAGCGCCCUUCGAUUCGUAACGCGGGUUCGCUCCUCUCGGCGGCGUCAAGGCCACACCCUGCCUGAUACCCGCAGACGGAGAUCGAGCGGAGAGAGAGAGAUCAGACUGAGAGGGAGAUCGGGCUGAGAGGGAGAUCGGGCUGAAAGGGAGAUCGGGCGGAGAGGGAGGUCGGGCCGACACGGACGAGCAAAGCGCCCAGAGCUGGCGGUGAAAAGCGACGGAAGGACCGAAGCGAAGGAACGAGACGAAACAGAUCCCGGUGGUGUCAUUCAUUCUUCAAUCAAUUCAUGCAAUUAUUCAUUCUUUGCAUUCAUCUGGGUUUUUUUGCCGUUAAUUUGUAACGUGUUUUAUGGGUCAUAUGCAGUGGUAGAAAUAUCAAUAUAUAUUUAAUAACGCUGCCGUAUUAAAUAUUUAAUAAUGCUACAUGUAUUAAAUCCACAGCGUCGGUUUUAAGAUUAUUAUCAUUUCAGUAAGAUGAUUAGUUUUUCAAUCGUCCUCAUUUUUAUAUAAAUAUUUGUGCCUGUGCAUGCACGUGCAUUGUAAUUACCUUCACCGUUGUUGUUAUUAUUAUCAUGAUGAUGAUUUUGCUUAUUUGCCAGUGAAUGCAAUGGGCUUUGUAUGCCCCCCGUAGAGACCUCUGGCUCCAUGCAUGAUCUCUGCGCUCACCAAUCCUCGCCCAGAAUUCGGCGACCUCGGUUCACAGCGCCAACCCAGUCGCUCGCUGCACCCUCAACCAAGACCCCCGACCCAUCAUCAUCAUCAUCACCACCACCACCACCGACAUCAUCGUCAUCGCCCCAUUGUCACCUCCACUGCGGAGCCGGCGAGAUAUCCAGCGAGCAAUGACCCUGCUGAUUUGAAAUAUACUCUUUGUUUGCCAGCGGGCGCCUAGCUCCGAGCCCGUGUUCACUUAUUCAUCCACUCAUUGGUUCCCUUCGCUCCGAGCCUCUCUCUCUCUCUCUGGCUUUGGGCUGCGCAUGGAGACCCGCGUGGGACACGAAGUGAUGGAGGGGAUGAGGCUGAGGGGUCUGUGGGACCUCUUGGUCAGGCCCACAGAGGACUUGAUGACGUCCCUCGACUGAGCUACGGGGACCUCAUCUGCUCCGGCUCCUCGAUCGGCCACUCCAUCCUCUGCAUCCGGCUCCUCCUGACAAUCUCACCGACCGCGCGUGUAACAUCGUGAUCCGCUGCUGCCGCCUCUGCUGCUAGUGUUGGUUUAGCUGCUCCUGCCUAGUCUGCUGGUGCCGGUUUACUGGUUUACUGGUGGGGUGUGUGAGCUGUGACUCCGACCGUCAUGCUGCUGGUGCUGGCACUGCCGCCGCUGCUGGUGCGUUGAGGCUGCCCCAUCUGCUGGCAACGCCGCCGGCGCCGCUGGGUAACGGCUCUCGCUGCGACUCCUGGGACCCGCGUGCUCCCUCCUUCCUAUUGACGGCGCUCGUGGGGGUGGUUUUGCCUUCUUCGUCCGCCUCUGUCUUUGCCACCGCCCGCCUCUGCCCGCCCGACCCGCCAUGCCCAUCGCCGCCGGCGGCCGCAGGACCGACGCGGCGGGCGUCCACACAGGGCGGGCGGCGCAGCAGCAGCAGCAGCGCGUGCGGUAGCGCCAGGGGGUGUUGGACUGCAGAGGCAGGGAGCCGCGACGGGUUCCAGGUUCCCCCUCCACCCCCCACCCACCCACGAGUCCACACCGCCACCACCGCCGCCAACCACCACCCUCCCUCCCACUAGCCUCCUAGAUAGAAUCUCACGGCGCCAACCAAGAAAUCACCGCCAUCGACGCCAUCGGAAUCCUCCACGGCUUCUCACGACCCAAAAGUAGUAAUCCGCCGCCACCGCCGCCUUGCCCAGCAGCCCGCCCAGCGCCGAUGAUAGACCACCUGCCCUUGACCAUGGCCGCCAAGUCGGACGGGCUCUCCGGGCCGUGCCCUCCCAACGCGGACCCCGGCGCGCUGGCGCUGUCCGUGGUGCUGCCCGCGGACCCCGCGGCUGCCGAAGCCGCCGCCGUGGGACCCGCGGGACCCGCGCGCUCCGACAAGGCGGAGGGCGGAGCUCACGGGGCUCACGGGGCCGGCCCGGCCGGCUGCUGCGGCUGCUGCGCCCCGCGCUCGGGGCUGCCGCCCAGCCCCGUGCCCUACUCGGCGGCCGACCUGGCGUGGGGCCUCUGCGGCCUGCUCACUCUGCUGCUCGACUCGGGCACGGACGCGUGGCUCUCGGCCGAGUACCUGGCGAGCCGGCAGUACUGGUGGUUCGGCCUCACGCUCUUCUUCGCCCUGGCUCCCUCGCUGGUGGUGCAGGCGUUCAGCUUGCGAUGGUUCGCCCAGGACUUUCGCCUCGGGGCGACCGGCAGCGCGACCGCCGUCGGUCGGUGCGGAGCGGUGCCCGGCGCGGACGGGGCAGCGGCCGGGCCGGCGGUGGCGGUGGCGGCCGGUGGCGGGGAGGCGGUGGGAACAGCGGCGCCGCCACCCCCGCCGCCGCUAACCACGGCGGCGGCGGGGUCGGCGGGGUCGGCUGGAACGGCGAGCGCGGGGGAGCGGUGCUACCGAGGCCUGGUGUGGGUGUUCCAGAGCGUGGUGCAUCUGCUGCAGCUGGGACUCGCGUGGAGGUACGUGAGCGUCGCCUACCUGGGCGUGCGGAGCCGCGGGGAGGCCCCGUGCCGCCGCCGCCUGCGCUGGGCGCUGCUGUACGCGAGCGCGGACGCCAGCAUGCUGCGCCUGCUGCUCGCAUUCCUGCAGAGCGCGCCGCAGCUGGUGCUGCAGCUGUGCGUCAUGGUGCAGCGCAGCCGCGCCACCCUCGUGCCCGGGGUGUGCGUGUGCUCCUCGCUGGCCUCACUGGCGUGGAGCGUCGCCGCCUACCACAAGACGCUGCGCGACUCGCGCGACGACAAGCGCCCGCUGGGCUACCGCGCCGCCGCCGCCGUGGCGCUCUGGCACCUGCUGACGGCGGCGUCGCGCGCCCUCGCCUUCGCGCUCUUCGCCUCCGUGUUCCAGCUCUACUUCGGCGUGUUCCUCGUCCUCCACUGGUGCCUCGUCACCUUCUGGGUGGUGCACGCCGGCACCGAGUUCUGCGCCUCCAAGUGGGAGGAGAUCCUCUGCGACCUCGUCGCCGGCGUCGCCGGCACCUUCUGCUGGGUCAGCGUCAAGGGCGGCCCGUCGCGCUGCCGCCUGGCCGCGUUUCACCUGCUCGCGCUCGCCGAGAACGCCGCGCUCGCGCUGCUCUGGUGGUUCUACCGCGACCGGCGGCUCACCGACGCCUACGCCGCGCCGGCGCUCGCCAUCGUCUUCGGCUCCUUCGCCGCGGGCCUCGGCUGCAUGCUCGCCUACUACGGCUGCCUCCACCCGAGCCGGCCGUGCGCCGCCGGGCGCGCCGGUGACGCCGGCGAGAAGGGGAAGUGCGCCACCGCGGCGGCCGACGGCGGCGGCGGCGGCGUCGGGGAACCCGCGCGCACCGACUGCUGCUUGUGCUGCUGCAACAGCGGCGGCAGUGCCGGGGCGCGGACGGGGUCGUCCGCUUCGCCGGCACCGGCGAACGGCUCGGCCGUGGGGGCGCCCAACCCCCGUGCCGCGCCGCAGACUCCCCAGUCCAACGCGUCGGCCCGAGCCGGCACGGGCGCCACCACGACGCCCGUGCUGACGCGGGCGGGCUGUGCCCCGCCCGCCGUCGGCCCCGCCGGUCCGGCCGGCGGGGCGGCGGGAGCGACGAUGACGGCGUCGGGUCCCGCGCCGGAGCAGACGCUGCUGGUGCUGCUGGACACGUGCGGCAGCGCCGGCCCCAUCUUCCAGGUGCGCGCCGCGUCUCGCCCGCCCUCCGCCUACUGGCCGGUGCUGCACGGCGCGAGCGGCGUCGGCGUCGGCAUGGGCGCCGGCGGCGGCGUCAGCGUCAGCGGCGUCAGCGGCAGCGGGAGCCCCCACACGCCCUCGCGCCGGGCCGGGCACGGCGGGGGCCGCGGGCCCUCCCGGAGCGGCCCGGUGAUCCGAAUCGACAUGCCGCGGCGGCGCUACCCGGCGUGGGACGCGCACGUCGUGGACCGCCGGCUGCGGCGCAGCAUCCGCGUGCUGGAGAGGGCCACGCCGGGCGUGGUGGCCGUGCGCUACCAGGGCGACGCCGCGGCCUACGAGCUGGCCGAGUACGAGACCACGGUGUGA